GAUCUCUGAAGAAAACUGAGGUUUUUGGAUCGAUAGAUCUCGAAGGUAGAAGAUGACAGUGUUGUGGUUGAAAAGGAAGCGGAGAUUUUGAGUAGUGGCGCGAUUGGAUAGAAGUUAGAAGAUGAAGUUUCAUAUAACAACAGGAACGAAGAGUUUGACGAUAUCAGGCGGAGGAGGUUGCUUUUGGGAAGUAAUGAAGGUGAAGGGUUCGAUGCGUCGGUUUUCUUACCGUUCCAUUUUACCGACGGUCUUAAUCCUCGGGAUUGUUUUGCCUUUUCUUUUCAUCAGAACUGCUUUCCUCGCUCUCGAAUCUGCUUCUUCUUGUUCUUCCCUAGAUUGCUUUGGACGGAAGUUUGGGCCUUCAAUUUUCGGCGGGAGGGAUGCGUCGCUGGGGCUUGCGGAUGAGCUGACGAGAGCAUUGACGGUAGCAAAUGAGAUAGGGGUAGACGAGAGUGGAACAGAGAGUUCGCCGGCGUCAUUCAACGAACUGGUGACGGAUAUCACUUCUGGCAGACAAGACAUCAAGGGGUUUGCUUUCGAGACUAAGGCCAUGCUAAUGAAGAUGGAGAGAAGGGUCCGAUUGGCUAAACAUCAAGAACUGAUUUACAGACACCACGCGGCGUACGGGAUCCCCAAGAGCAUGUACUGCCUGUGCCUGAGGUUGGCCGAGGAGUAUUCCAUCAAUGCAUUGGCACGGUCUCCGCUGCCACCGCCGGAGGCGGUGUCUCGUCUCGCCGACCCGUCAUACCACCAUGUUGCCUUACUGACUGACAACAUUCUCGCAGCGUCUGUCGUAGUCUCCUCCGCUGCCUCCAACGCAGCAAACCCAGAAAAGCUCGUGUUUCACAUAGUUACUGACAAGAAGACGUAUGCGCCCAUGCACGCGUGGUUCGCUCUCAAUUCUGCUGCUGCCCCGGCAGUGGUGGAAGUCAAGGGCUUACAUCAAUUCGAUUGGUCUCACCAUGUGAACGUUGGUGUCAAAGAGAUGAUGGAGAUUCAUCGCUCAUCUUGGAACCGUCAUUAUAAGAAUCUAAAAGAAGGAAAAUGUGAUGAGCUUGAAGAAGGAGAGUUGGUCAAGAGAUUAGAGGACUUAAACCCAAGUUGCCUCUCACUCAUGAAUCAUCUAAGAAUCUAUCUUCCCAAGUUGUUUCCAGAGCUGAACAAGGUGAUAUUCUUGGACGAUGAUGUUGUAGUACAGCAGGACUUGUCGCCUCUUUGGGCGCUUGAUCUUGACGGCAAAGUUGUUGGUGCUGUUGUUAACUCGUGGAGUGAAAGGAAAUAUGGGGAUUACUUCAACUUCUCGAACUCGUUGGUGUCGUCUUCGUUCGAAUAUGAUCGUUGCGCAUGGUCUUACGGUAUGAAUGUAUUCAAUCUCAAAGCAUGGAGGAGUACCAACAUCACUGAGACAUACCAUCACUGGCUUAAGCUUAACCUUGAUUCUGGAUUCACACUUUGGCGACCAGGAGCACUUCCACCUGCUUUAAUUGCUUUUGAGGGGUAUGUCCAUCCAAUUGAUCCUUCAUGGCAUGCGGCAGGAUUGGGUCAACAACCACUGAGAAUAAACAGGAAAAUGGUGGAAGCUGCUGCUGUAAUACAUUUUAGUGGCCCUGCAAAGCCAUGGCUUGAUAUUGGGCUCCAAGAGCUACGGGGUUUAUGGAACACACACAUUAAUUUCACCAAUGAAUUCAUCAUGAACUGUAGAAUUAUGGCGUGAAGAAGAGGGCAAAGAAGCCUUCUCUUCCGCAUUCAUUUUGUGAUCAGAACCAGAGAUACAAGGACCAGAGGGAAGAAGGUAUUGCCUUCAGUCUCUGCUCACUUUAUAUCUUUGUAUAGUUUUCACAUGAGAUAGUUCAGUUCCUGUCCAUAUUGUAUUAUAUUAAAGGAAACUAGAUGAAGCUACCAUUGAUAACAUGAGACUCUUCUUAAUUUCUUCAUUGUAAAAACUACUUCAGUAUACAGGAUUUAUCUUGUUUUUACACCCAUAUCUGAUAUCUAUGAGGCUGUAGCUGUGACAUCGUGCUAUGGAAUCUUAUUAGAUCCACAUGAAGCAGCCAUAAAUUGAAUGAGAAAGACCGGUCUUUUACACGGUU